UUCAGCUAGCUGAAUACAAAAACUACAUGUUUCUGAAAUACUUCUGGAAAAGAUAACUUCUGUUGAUAGCAAUCUGAAAAUGUGUGCAAGUAAGAUUCUGUAUAAUCUAUGUCAUGUUUGAGUGAUUUAUGAGUGAUAUAAUCACAGAACAAGAGUAUUUGAAGAUAUUGACAAUAGUACAGUAGCUCAGAAAGUGAACAUGGAGAACAACUACAGAAAGCCUGGUGUGAAAAGUCCCAGUACAGAGUUCUCAGACGAGUUUGUUGACAUCGUCAAUGAGAUCAAUGACUUCAUCUCUGUCCUGGAGGUGCGACAGAAGGAGCUGGCUGCCGGCACUCCCCGGUCUGAGUGCGCAGGCUCACCAAGGCAGGGCAGCAUUGAGCGCCUUUCAGCUCUCGACAUGUACAAGGGGGACUCGGGGGCCGAGUACCUCAGUGACUCAAGAACGGAGUCCAGCUAUGGACCGGACUCUAGGUUCAACUCAAAGUGUCUUGAUUUUCGGAGUGAUUCCCAGAGUAACUCUAGGGCCAGUUCUCUUUCAGAUUUUGGCAAGGCGUUUGAUGAUGCCCCGUGUGCCAUAGAGAACCACUAUGAGCCGAUAGGGAACAUCUUCCCUAGGAUCACUGCCACAGCCACUGCCUCCAUCAUCGGCCCUGCCACGCCCCCCCAGGCAACCCCCACUGUGAAACCGGACCUGCCCCCCAAACCUCCUGGGCUGCUCAAGAUGGGGGAGCCUGGUCAGGCCCCACGCAGGGUCAAGGCUCUCUACAACUUCAAGGGGGCCAAUAAUGAUGAGUUGUGUUUUACCAAAGGGGAUAUAAUUACUGUCACACAAGCGAUAGAUGGUGGUUGGUGGGAGGGCACCUUGCAUGGAAAGACAGGCUGGUUUCCUAGCAACUAUGUGCGCGAGUUCAAACAAGAGUUGACGGGCAGUUUGAGGGGUGGUCCUGGUGCAAUAGUGACGGUGGAUAAGACACAGGAGGUGCCCAAACAUUACCGAGAGAGCAUGCAGUACUACCACAAUGUGGUUCUGAAGAAUGUGAUAGACACAGAGAGGGCCCAUGUGGCAGAGAUGACAUCUGUACUGCAGAACUACAUCAGGCCCAUCAUCAGCAGUGAUGUGUGGGCCAGUAAGGAGAUCUCAGAGCUGACCCACAGUCUAGAGGACAUCCUAACAUUCCAACAGAACUUCCUGGUCUCCCUAGAGGAAUGCUCCAAACACCCUGAUGAUCAGCGGCGGGUGGGUGGGGUGUUCAUGCGUCACGCACCCUCACUGAAGGAGCUUUACACCAGAUACUGCGCCAACCACCCCCGGGCAGUGGCCACACUGCAGAAAAAUACUGAAGAGCUAAACAAGUUCAUGGAGAAGUUGGGAGCCACGCCCCCUGGCUCCAUGACCCUGGCCACCAUGCUGUCAAAGCCUUUCACACGCCUAGACAAGUACCCCAUGCUUCUCAAAGAGCUAGAGAGGCACAUAGAGGAGAGCCAUGUGGACAGAGGUGACACUCAGAGAGCCAUUGCAGUGUUCAAAGAUAUAGCAAACCAUUGUUUGGAAGUGAGACGGUUGAAGGAAAUGGAACAUGAGAUCAUCACCAGCACCAUCAAGGGUUGGGAAGGGGAGGAGAUCUGCCACCUGGGAGAUGUGAAGCACCUGUCUCAAGUCAAGCUGGAGACAAGUACGGGGGACAAGUUGGACCGCAUCUUCAUACUCUUCCCCAACAUUCUGCUCAUGCUGUCAGUGAGUCCACGUCUCAGUGGAUAUCAGUACGAGGGCAAGCUGCCACUGAGUGGUAUGAAGGUCAAUCCAUGUGACAAUGAGGAGUCAGACCUCUAUCACUUUGAAAUAUCAGGUAGCAUGAUAGAGAAGAUGAUGGUGACUUGUGGUACGAAGGCAGAGGUGAACUCCUGGCUGGAAGCUCUAAAGAACCAUGUCAUCUCCAACCAGACACUCUCCAAACCAGUCAAUGUGCAGGUGUCGACCUCUCAGCCGUGUAUCAGCACACUGACCCCUGCCAAGACGGCCAAGGUGAGCGUGACCCACGCCCUGGCCUCCACCUUCAUGACCUCCAAGACAUGGACCCUGUCAUGCCUGCGCCCCUCUCCCCCUCUCCGACCCCCCAUGGUGUACCGCGAGGACGGAAUGAGGAGCCCACGCGCUGCCAGGAAACUGGGCCGACGCAAACCAGAGAGGACCCAGUCUCAAGAUGAGUACGACAAACAGUUCAGGAAAUAUGACCCACGUGUCAACUCGGAGGAUGCUCUCAUCUUGAAGGUGAUUGAAGCUUACUGCACGAGCGCAAAGACCAGGCACACUGUCAACUCAUCGAUACUGUACAGCCCCAACGUGCUGCUACCUCACGAGGAGAAGAUCAUAGUGGAUGAUGGCACGGGACCAGACAUGCUCCAGGAAAAAAAAACACCCCUGAAAGUUACGGAAGAGCGUGUAAAUAUAUCGGAGCCCGAGCCCAAAACAAAGCCCUGGGCAGGAUCUCUGGUAGACACUGUAUAUUCUCUGAGGGACCAAGUUAAAGCAUUAGAAAUGGAUCAUAAAAAGAUGAAAAAAGACUUGGAAGAUGAAACAAAAGCAAGAAAGUCUCUGGAAAACGUGAUUAAAAAGUUCAUGAAGAGUCAACAAGGUGUAGCGCUGAACAAGGACAAGGAAAGUCAGGAGAAUGCCUCCUGAUGAGGUCAUACCUGGGUGAUGAUGUCAUAGGGAGGAAGUGAGGUCAUACCCGGGCAAGGAUGUCAUAGGGAGGAAGAGAGGUCAUACCUGGGUGAGGUUGUCAUAGGAAGGAAGUGAGGUCAUACCUGGGUGAGGAUGUCAUAGGAAGGAAGUGAGGUCAUACCUAGGUCAUGUCAUAGGGAGGAAGCUCAUUUUGAUUAUUUCAUAUUGAUAUCAUACUUGUCACCUGAUUUCAUAGGGGGGAAACGUAUUUUGAGGCUGGCAAAGUGAUGUUGAACCUUUAUUUUAUUUUCAUAUGGAGCAAGUGCUUUGUGAUGAAAAAUGUCAUAUUUGUCUAUUGAUGUUGUCAGGCAAAGUGCAUUUUGAUGAUGUCAUCGACUUGCAAAAAAUCUGAUUAUGUGGUUACAAUAGUAUUGCAGUUCAGGGGACGAUUUAGGGCCGAAGUGCAUUAUUAUCCCGCGCCAUAGGCCGAGGGAUAUUGUUUUAGCGUUGUUCGUCCGUCCGUCGUUCCGUCCAUCCGUCCAGCACUUUUACACUCAUACCAAGUUUCAAUGAAAUCCGCCAAAGCACUUCCAACAUAUCUUGGAAGUGCUUUGGCGGAUUUCAUUGAAACUUGGUAUUAGUAUCUAUAUGGAUUAGAGGAUGAUGCACACCAAAUGGCAUUGUACACCAUCGGAUAAUAACGGAAUUAUGGCCCUUUGUAUUUUGAAAAAAACGCUUUUUUGUGUGUCCGGAGCCAUAUCUUGGAAGUGGACGGAUUUCAUUGAAACUUGGUAUGAGUAUAUAUAUGGAUAAGAGGAUGAUGCACGUUGGUGUUGUCCAUCCGUCCAGAAAACUUUUGUGUCCAGAAGUAUAUUGGCGGGGGAUAUCAAUUCAACGAAUUUGCUUGUUAUGUCAUAGUGCUGCCAUGUGGUUCUGGUAAUGUCAAAGUACUACAUUGAAGUUCUGGUGAUGUAAAAAUCUCAUAGUACAAUUUUCCAUUUAAAGUUCAGCAAUAAUUAAUGGACACUGUGAUUCUUUAAUUGUCUGUUGCUCAGAAUGAUUAUAUUUGUACAUUUGCAUGUAUGGGCUGUGAGUUAAAUAUGUAACCUUUACUAAUGUAUGUGUUAACAUUUAAUAAAUUAAAUACUUCAACAAUUGUAAUAAAUUAUUCCGUGACUUAAAAUGAAUUGUGUGUGCAAUAUAAGUAAAAUAAUAUGCUAGUAUAAGGUUUUAUUAUUUUAAUUGUCAACAUGUGAUUUUUUUAAUACAAGGCAAACAUGUUUACCAUUUUUUGUAUGCACCGGCAUAGAAUGUGGUAGUGACAAACCAUUCAACCAGAACACUAGACAGGUGAUGAUGUACCACAGGGCAAAAUAAUAUGGCUGAUCUUCUCUUGAUGUUAAAUGAAUCUUUGUAAUUUUUAGCGAGGCUGUUUUCGGAGAAAACCCGAGGUAUUGUCAUAGCCUGCUCGCCGGCGUCGUGCUAAAACCUUUACAUUGGCUCUAGAAUCAAAGUGCUUCCACCUACAACUUUGAAACAUCAUAUGUAGAUGCACCUUGAUGAGUUCUACACACCACACCCAUUUUGGGUCACUAGGUCAAAGAUCAAGGUCACUGUGACCUCUAACAAAAAUAUUCUGACAAGCUUUCGCAGCCGAGCGUGGCACCCGUUAUGCGGUACUCUUAUUGUGUUUAAUAAUGAUUUUAGUUACUACAGUCUGCACAUAAAUCACUCAAUUAUUUACACACACCUUAUAGAAAUAUAUAAACAAAACAAGUCUUUAAAAAUGUUGAAAUAUUUUUUAUUUAUUAAUCAGUUAUUGCUAACAGUGGUGUGUAUAUGUAAUUAAGCAAUAAUUCAAUUGUGUGUGGAUUAUAAGAGAAUGUGUCUAUUUUUAAAAUGGUGAAAUCCUGUUGAAAUAGUUAAACCAUUGUUAUAAGAUGAUUGUAUAAUUAAUUUCAUUGUACAUGAUUUCAUGUAUGGUCUAAUGUUUGUUUGUUAUAAGAUGUUUCAUCAUAAACUUUCAGGGAUUGGUAAUGGUUCAAGAGCUUUGCUUUAUAAGGUAGUAAAAACUUUAUUAAAAAGAAAGACAGGCAAAUGCAUUGGUUUCAGUGCUAUAUCUCUUUUAUUUGUUCUGUCUUAUAUAUUUAUUUUUGUGAACAUAUUUUUAGUAACUAAUAGAGCCUGAAAUAAUGCAUAUUUUAUUUUGUAUUGAAAACCAAUGCUUUCAUUCUGUAUGAAUGGAUACAAUGAAGUUUCAUUCUAUGUGAAGUUGAAGUUUGCCUUUUGUAUCUUCAAAUGAUGACUCUGCGGGUUUGCUACAUAUGAAAUAUAAUGGCAAGAAUCAUGGGCAUCAUUUAGUAAGAGUUUACUUGCAAACAAGCCAAGUAUUAAUCCAUUAAUUAUAUCAAAGCGUAAGGAAACGGUAUCAAACAUAGAGAGAUUUGCUUUGAGACACUUGUUGAAAGCCUUCAAAAACAGAACAGGAAGUACUGUCUCAAAUAAAUUCAAAACAUUUCCCAUAUGUUUAAAAAAGCACUUGACUUGAGCAAUACUGGUAAAAAAAAUCCUUUAUAGAAAUGCUUGAUGUGACAAACUAAAAGAACACUGUACAAUCAGUAUUUCAGCAGCAUAUGUAUGUUUUGCUUGCAACCAUUUGAUGAACAAAUAUGAAUAUAAAUAUUAAAUGAAUUUUCUGUAAAAAUGUUUAUUAUUUUGUAUAUUUUUUGUGUAUAUUAAAUUAUUAAGCAUAAUAAUAAUAUAUUAUUUGCAAUGGCAAAGGAUGUAAUAAAAGAUAAAAAUUG